AUUUCUCGCAACGUAAGUAUAUUUUCUACCAAAGUACACAAUAAAAUACACAAGCCCAGCGAAGUACACAACAAAUAGAAAACAAAGGAGACAGUGCUAAAAGUUGAUCGUGAUUAAAUUCUCCGAUAUUCGUCUGCAAUUAUAAACAGAAAAUUAAUGAAAACAGUUUGGUAUAGUUAUUGAUUUAUGUAGAAAAUAAAAAGAUAGCGAUUAAUUUAAAUUGAAAAAAUUAUGGCGGAGCCACAGCGUAGAAAUGCAAGCGAUCAGUUUUUGCGAGCACAAUUGGAAGUUGUAACCGCUCAAAAUGUACGUCUACAAGAGGAAAAUAAUUUACUGCGACAAAAGCUCUCACGUCUCAACGGCGAUAGUCGCUCUGCAGCUGCCAUUAAUGUGGAGGCAAAAAUUGAAGCUUUACGGCUCGAAGAUGAACGUGAUCAAAUGUAUGAUAACUUGGAGAGAUUGAAAAGAAAAUACAACAAAUUGCAUACCGCGUAUUUGGAGAAGGUGCAGCGUUGCAAAGCAUUGGAGGAGACUUUCAAGCGGCAAAAAACGUUGUCCGGUUUAGUGAUGAAAUCGGCACUAAGUCAACGCGCUCAAGUGUUGGCUGACAAGACGCAAACGGAAAAUCUGGAAAAACAGGUGACCAAACUGCAGACGGCGCUGGACGAAGCCUAUGACAUAAUUGAUGAACUUGAAUUUGAAUUGGAAAGUAUCGACUAUAUGGAGCAGGAAAUGCAACAUAUGCGCAGCGAGUUAUCUGCUCUGAAAGCCAAACAAAGACACACUACGAGUGCGACUUCAAGCUCAAUACCGCCAACGGAUCUUGAGGAACCCUUACCGGCUUAUACGGCAGAUGUCGCAGACGGUGUAAGUGCUCCAGCAAGGCGAAGGUCUCGCAAUGUACAUAGUAUGCUACUUCGCCGUGCCGCUUCCUCUUCUUCCAACGAGUCUUUGCCUAACGAUGAUGGAGAUAGCGAAACACUUGAACGAGCUGCCAUGACACAUGACUUGCUCGAGAAUGCGGCGGCCGAAAGUAAUCAAUUGCGACGAGAGCUCUUAAAAUCUCGUCUACACAACAGGUUUCGACCGAACUGAGACACAAUGCUUCCGAUUUUUCAUUAUACAUAUAGGUAUUUGAAGCAAUACUGGACAAUAGUUAUUAACUUUUCUUAGUAUUAGUUUUCAUUUAUUAACUUAUUAUUCUAACUGUGAAGUAUUAAACAAUAAUAUAAUAAG